GAAAGGGACAUGCGCGCGCCUUCACUUCCUCCACAGCUUCUUUUUGGUCUGUGUGUUGAUAGCGGCUUUUGCUUCCACACGUGCAAUCUUUCCUAUGCGAAUCUCUCUCUCUGGGGUUCGUUUACACGCUCAUCCUGCUCUGUCUAAAAGGUUAAUUAAUUUCGGUGUUGACUGUUUGAUCUUUUUUAACAAAAGUGCGCAGCCGCUCGCAUAGCGGGGGCAGAGGUUACGGCUGGAAGUUUAGCCGGCUGUUAGCAUGCUGCUGCUGCUGUUAGCUAGCUGAUGCGUCUACUUUUUGUUGUGUUGCCGCUAAUGUUGGCUAGCUAGCAACUAUAACAAGACGGGGCUUCAAGAGUGACAAACGCACUUGACCAUACAUGUGUUUCUCUGCGUACAGUGAGGAUGAGCCGCUCAAUUUGUGUCUCCUUCUUCUUCCCAGGUGUUAAGCCAUAGAAACCGACAACCAUGGGGGCUUAUCUGUCGCAACCUAACACGACCAAGAGCUCGUCCGAUGGCGGCAACAGCAAAAUGAGCUUCGGCUUCUCUGCCAUGCAGGGCUGGCGGGUCUCCAUGGAGGUGAGGCAGAAAAGGAGGGCCGGGAACAGAGACCAGAUGCAACUCUUUCCCUGGAAAACCUCUAAGACAAAAUGUACCCUAUGGUUUAAAUGGCGGGAUGUAGAGAGUGUGUACGUGUGUGUGUGUGUGUUACCUCCCUCUGAGCACUGCUGUCGGUCUGUCUGUCUGUCUGUAGGAGGCUGAAUCAUGUCUGUGCAGAGUUCACUCAAGUUUGUCACACGGGCAAAAAAAGUGCAUUACUAUAAGACUGCUCUACUACAAAUUCUUCUUUCAGGAGAUUUAUACGUUUUCAGUUUCAUUAACAUAUUUAGAAAGGUGAGUAUUGUACUGUAAAAAUUAGGAUUUGGUAGGUGGGGUGUCCAGGAUUGUUAUACUGUGUUCUGCAUGUUUUCUUUAUUUCUUUAACAUGAAAGGAGCAAAAUAUUUGGGGACGUCUUUCAGCAUGAUGAACUCCAGCACACCACCGACACCCAGUGUAACUUGAACAAUUAUUUGAAACAAUAAUUAUCACCUGUCUAAUUAUGUUAUCAAAAUUGGAAAUAUAAAAGCUUCCUUAAGGUAGAACUUUUUGCAGCGCUGUGGAGUUAAGUUGUAUGCAUUUGCCUGAAUGUUCAUAAUGCCUAUUUCUCAGAGUAUAAUGUGCAUAGAUGAAAGUUAUCCAUGAAGACUCUCCAGUACUUCGUAGUGAAACAACCCUAAAUGAGGAGUGACUUUUUUUCUGUUGUGGGCUGAACUUAGCAGCUUUGGCUGUGUUUGAAAUGAAUCACUCAAUCCCAAACCCCAUAUGGGGUUUUACUAUGUAGUUGACUAUCUAGUGAACUCAGUCACCGGGGGUUUCGGACACUAAAUGGCAAGACGCAGUGCAUGACGGGAUGCCCACCACCGGAGAGUGACCAUCGGAUGGUCACUACAUUUUGCAAUACUUCAUGGGAAAUUUUGAGUCGCCCAUAUAGGGCACUGGAAUUGAUCAAUCAGGUUUCGGACACCCCUCAAAAUGGCACUAACCCCCAUAUAGUCGCCUAUAUAGGGGUUGGAUCCAUUUCGGACACAGCCAAUGUCUUAUCAGAUAAGUCAUAUGGAGAGAUGAUCAAAGACUGUGUCAAGGCAUAUGUUACAUCCUAGCAGUAAUACACUAGUAUUCAGGUAGUAAACACUGGAAACUGGUGGUGAAAAGUUUUUACCUGAAGAAUAUGAAUGACCAUGAAUUGAACCAAUUUAUCUGGUUUUAAACUGUCUGCAAAGUGGUGUACAUAUCUGUUUGUCCUGUUACAGGAUGCUCACAACUGUAUCCCAGAGUUUGACGAGGAGACCGCUAUGUUCUCUGUAUACGAUGGACAUGGAGGUAACACAUUUUAUCCAUGCACAGUCUUUUAUAUGUGGUAUAUAAAGAGGCAUUUUUCAGCCUUGAACACAAACUUGGAAAAUCACUCAAUGUGAUACUGUCAUUUUACAACAAAACUAUAAAAUCACAUUGACUUUUCAGUGUGAUAUUGUCAUUUUACAACACACUACCAAUGAUUCCUUUUUCAAAACUUAAACUCUUACUCAAAAUUCACUGUAGUAAGCCACUAUGAGCCAGCGGAGAUACAUAUGAGAGAUAUGUUCCCUUCUUUUUAAUUUUUGGAUAACUCCCCACCUUUGUUUGUUUAGUGUCGAUAGUUUUUUCUCUUUUAUUGUUUUACACACCUUGUUGAGAACUAUGUUUGCACACACCCCACCUGGCCCUUUAUAUUACCUGUUGAUCCCAUGUAGGCGAAGAGGUGGCUCUGUACUGUUCAAAGUACCUUCCUGACAUCAUCAAGGAGCAAAAGACCUACAAAGAUGGAAAACUGCAGAAGGUGAGAAGCCAUAGAAACCAGAACAUUAAAUUGUUGUUUUCAAAGCAGAAACUUUCAUGAUCCAAAACUGUGUUGCUGAGCUGAGGUUUGGAAAAAAUGAUUCAUAGAUUCAUUGAGACGUAUAGAUUUUGGUCCUGAAUUCCUAGUCAUCAGGUGAAAAUUUUGCAGGACCCUCUAUUGCUAACACAGCAUGAUGUUACUUGUAACACAGUUUGUCAGAAAAGUUGUGAGAAGAGGAUGAUUGAGGACAGCAGCCAAUGUUCAAAAGUUACACUGACUUCAUAAAGAGAAGGACACAGCAACGCAUAACAUGCUGCUAAGACAUUUCAUUCAAGAGAGGAAGCACGCCAAUAUGAUGAAGCAUUUACUUCAGCACAGUAUCAAUUAAAAGUGAAUGAGCUGUAUUCAAUGGGCUGCAGUCUCCUGUUCACAAAAACACCCCAGAUACAGCUAGCAGUAGCAGCUGUAAUAAUGGCUCAGCACAAUCUGGUACAAAACACAAUUGCGCUUGAUUUAUAUUGGGUUUGGCAAGCCAUGUAUAGGUAUGGUUUGUUUGUGUAGUUUUUGCUUGUAGUUCUAGUUAAACUAUCUUUAUGAGAGAGUCAUUUGCAAAUGGAAAAAAAAAAGUCAAGUCAGUUAACGGUUCACUUUUAAGAGUCCAAUUGUUCCAACAUUGAAAGUGGGCUGAUAUUUACUUCUUAGUGUUGUCAUCAUUUUUUGGCUCUCCAAAAUAAUGGAAUCAGAAUCAAUACGGAGCCUGCCCUAGUCAUCGAACACCUCCUAACUGAUCUUUUCACACAUUAUUUCCAGGCUCUGGAGGAUGCCUUCUUGGCCAUCGACAAAAGAAUAACCACAGAGGACGUUAUCAAAGAGCUGGUCCAGAUCGCUGGACGGCCAACAGAGGAGCCUCCUGUUGAAAAGGUGGCGGAGGAGGAUGACUGUGAGUACACACAAAGUUACAACAAUUCUUACAUUGUAACGUGUGGUGCUUCUGUGAGACAUUUUUAAGCGUAGAGCGAAAUUAGUUCAUGCUGAAAGGUAACAGAGUGUUGAUAUUUAGCAUAAAGCUUUAAAUCAGGUGGAAGUUUGUACAACUAUGGCAAACACUAAAAGAAAUGUCCAGGGUUAAACAUUAAAUUAAAAACUAUGUAGUACAACUGAUACAGUGUCUCCUUAAGUGCAUAUGUGUCCUCUGCUGGUCGGUUACAAACAUUUGAGAUGGUGGUAAUGACGACUUCUGUGCUGUUUGUUAGUGGAAAAUGAAGAAGCCGCUCUGCUCCAUGAGGAGGCCACCAUGACCAUAGAGGAGCUGCUGGUCCGCUACGGCCAGAACCUCAAUGCUGUCAAGCACGCAAGUGCCAUCAGGUAACAGAGAAUGUCUUUUUACUUGAACAUUUUUUACCCUGACUCAAACGUAAGUGUUUCUUUGAAAAUGUAUUUGGAGCCUGAAGUAUGAAUGAAGUUCAGGGACUUUUCCUUUUAAAAAGUAAUGGCUCUCAGUAGAAACUCUGUACUCAGAAGUUUUUUCAGUCAGCAUCUCUCCAGAAUCAAUUGCACAUUGUUCUCCCCGUGAAAUCGGUUGCUUAGCACCUGAAAAAAAGGACAAAGUUACUAUUGAAAGUUUGUAUGAACUUCAUUUGAUGAAUUAAUUGGAGUAUGAUGUGUAGACCUUGAGAGAUCAUCUUGAGUCCUUUUUUGUGUGUGUGAAAGAAUUUCUCAAAUUUUUCUCCUUGUGUUUUUUCUUCCUAGUGCGGCUGCUAAGAAAGCAUCAGCGGAGGGCUCUGGAAGCAAAGAAGAAAGUGGCAAAGCUCAGAAGAAAGAGGGAUUGAAUGGAGAGGUGGAGGAGGAGAGUAACGGGAAGGGGAAGGAAGAGGAAGGAGCAGCAUGCGGGUCCAAGCUGAGAGCCUGUCGAAGAGCAGGAGGAGGUGAAGGUAGCGCCUCAGGUAUGAAAACUUUGCGUGUUCAUGCUUCACUUAAAAGCCAACUUAGAUAUUGAAAUGUAACCUAUUGCUCCUCGGUCCCUUCAACUACAGCAUGUUGACCCUUUUUCUCUCCUCUACAGCGUCCGCCUGUGGAGGCUCCGGGAGUUCAAAUGGAGAAGAGAAGGCUGGUAAGGCAGAGGGAGACGCUGGUCCCUCCUGCUCCUCUCUGUCCUCAAAGGCCACAGGAGACUCAAAGUCCAAGUUCUUUGAUGACAGUGAGGAGUCUGAGGAGGGAGAAGAGGAGGAGGGCAGUGAAGAAGAAGACGGCAGUGAAGAGGAGGAAGGUGACAGCAGCGAGCUGGAGGAGGAAGAGGAUACAGAGGAAGGAGAGGAAGACUCCGAGGAUGAAGAAGAGGAGGAGGAAAUGUGUCUACCUGGGAUGGACGGCAAGGAGGAGGUGAGUGCAAAAAUGCGACUGGGUGAAGUUUAUUGACUGUAACUGAUGCUGUGGUGCACACAACAUUAACUCUGUGGCUAUAGGCAUCUAUGGCUCAUUAAAAAGCUUUUAGGAUUUUGUGUGGGAAGCAUCAUUCUGGUGCAGAUGUCCCGAGGAUGGAGCCGGAUCAGCAUUUAGAGAGGACAGUUUCAACUAGUUUGCUUCCUGUGCCAAUCUAACCUGAAGAAUCAUGUAACUCAGAAUAAUAAGUGUUUCUUUACUUAAACUAUUGUACCAUAGCCUGAUUUUACAGAGGACUCUGAUAUCGCUUAGUCAUUUGUUCAUUUCAUUCCUGGGGUUGGUUAGGUUUGGGGGGAUUAUUCAGAUUUUUUUUAUACUUUGGUUUGUUUGUCAUUCUGAGCGAUGCAGCGGUGUAAACACUGUCGUCUCUUCUGUCUGCAGCCUGGUUCAGACAGCGGCACCACAGCUGUCGUGGCUCUCAUCAGAGGAAAACAGCUGAUUGUGGCCAACGCUGGAGACUCCCGCUGUGUGGUAUCUGAGCGCGGUAGGUCAUGGGGUACCUUGAUGGGGUUGCUGAUCUGUGGUAAUUGUGUGAAAUCAAAAUGUCCAACAAAUGUCUCAUUUUCCUGCUUUUUUUGUCCCAUCCCUUCAUUCUCCAGUUUCUGUUGAUAUGCUGCUUAACAGACUACUUUUAGUCUGUGAAUAAAAUGAAAUAUUUUUAGGGGAGGAAGGCUGCUCUUUUAUUCACAACCAGAGGAUACCAUUUUGUUAGCCAUUUGACUUCUGUUAAGAAGCAAAUGAUAACAGAAUUAUUCUAUGUUUAAUUUUAUUUGAAGUGAUAACCAUUUAAGUACCGUAUUUUUCACACUAUAAGGCACACCUGAUUAUGAGGCGCGAUGGAUUAUAAAGCGCAUUAAGCCAAACAAAACAGUCAGAUAAGUCAAACUUUAUUUAACUCGUUCAAUAACUCCGCGAGGCUAUGGUAGCUGCAGUGCUCCGACAAGCCAAAAGGAUUUAAGUGCGCCUUAUAGUGCAAAAAAUACGGUAAUGACAUUGUGACUCGGCUCACCUUAAGGGUUCUGUCUUGAAGUUCUUAAAUGCAGAAACUCUUGUUGUAGUCACAUCAAGAAGGAGCGACUAGUUUGAGGGCUCAGCCCUCGCAUGGUGCCACUGAAAUGCUUGAAGCUGUUCUUAUAUUAAAUAAGAAAAAGAAAAGACCGACUUGUAUUGGAAGAGUUGUCUCCCUGUGCUGCCACAGGUAAAGCUGUGGACAUGUCAUACGACCACAAACCAGAGGAUGAGGUGGAACUGGCUCGCAUCAAGAAUGCUGGAGGAAAGGUGACCAUGGAUGGACGGGUCAACGGUGGUCUGAACCUCUCCAGAGCUAUUGGUAUGAGCUGCUUUGUCUGUGACUCUCGGAUGACUAAGGCUGUUUGAAAACCAGAAAUAAAGCUCAAUAUCAGCUGAGUCUGCAUGAAAAAUCACAUCCAGUAAGUUUCAAACUAAAGUUCAUUUUCUUUAAACCAUGACUGUGUCUCCUAGGCGACCACUUCUACAAGAGGAACAAAGCUCUGCCUCCAGAGGAGCAGAUGAUCUCUGCAAUGCCAGAUGUCAAAGUUUUAACACUGAACGAGGACCACGACUUCAUGGUCAUCGCCUGUGACGGCAUCUGGUGAGUUUGACUGACUACCUGUGGUGGAACUAAUAAUAUACCAGUUAGUGGUUGAAUCCACAUGCAGGAUGAGCAUAAAACUGUACAGAGAAAUCUGAAAUAUGGGCAUUUUCCUUGUUAGUGCACAUGCGGUCAGGGUUUUUCUUUUUGCGGUCUGUUUUCAUGUUCACAUUUGAUUGCAGGAACGUGCUGAGCAGUCAGGAAGUGGUGGACUUUAUCAGCGAGAGGAUCAAACCAGACCAGAGUGGCAAAGUCAAAGCCCUGUCAUCCAUAGUGGAAGAGGUGAGUGAGUGAGAGAGAAAGUCCUUCAUACAUGCACAAAACUUCCAUGUGGAAGAAAACUCGUCAGCCAGUGGUUUUGUAAGAACAUUGACAAUCCAAACAGAUUCUUUUUGUCUGAAGUCCUGACAUUUCCCUUUUGUAUUUAAGCUUCUGAAGACGUCAGGCUGUUGGGGAAAAAAAUUAGCUCAAACCAUUUAAAGGUUUAUGCUGAUAUCAGGACAAUAAUCACUUGACUCUAUUCCUGCAAGCAUGUUAACAACAUUGUACAGUGUUCUGUAGCACUUUGCUCAAACUUGGUACAGUCUGAAACAUAAAGUAGUGAACAUUCUCUGUAAACAUUUCUUGUGCUUUUCUGAAUUUAUUGUUCUUGCACUUGCAUGAAAAGCACCAAAAAGAAAACUAGUGAAGGGCUGGAUGGUUCAGGGGUUUUGACGAGAAUGGGAGUUUUGAAACCCAUCCACAUUCACCAUGUUUACAUGUACAGUUUAGCUGAGCAGUUACACCUCGAUUAGGCAAGUUAAGUGGUCUGCUAUCAUUUUCCAAGCCUACAAGCACCGACCAACCAUCGAACUUCAGGUUAAAAGCCUACAGCAAUAAAAGAAAUAUGUGCAUAGUGCUUUGGCAAGUGAGAGUCUGGCUGAGGUGUAUACAUCCUCUCUAUACAUUCAUUUUCAGCCAGACUAACGUCAUACAUGGAUUUUUAACAAGUAAACGUACAGACAAAUAUAAUUAGUUUGGAAAAGAGAGAUAUGCAGUAAGUGUAUCUAACUGUAAACCUCAUCUCUGCAUUCUGGUUCUGAAAUAAAUCAUCACUAACUUGUGGUAUGAAGUAGGUUUGGGUCCGAGACCUUCGGAGGGAAAAUCUAAAUGUUUUAUAUUUUUGCUCUUCUUAAACCUCAUGUGUUCUCCUGCAGCUUCUUGACCACUGUUUGGCACCCGACACAUCUGGAGAUGGGACAGGAUGUGACAACAUGACCUGCAUCAUCAUCACCCUCCGGCCACACCCCUCACCUGCGCAGUCCGACGACACAAAGAAGAGGAAGCAGCCCGAAGAGACAGAAGGGACUGAGCCAGAGGAGAACGGGAACGACAGCAAAAAGGCUAAAAGUGACUAAAUGCAAAGAGAAACUGUAACUGAGAGAGCAGCUGGUCUCCAGCCACUCAUGAUACACCAGAGACACAUUCUCCUCAAUAUAUUCCUGACCUCACAAAACGUCAUCUCCCCUGAAACAGAAUUGACAAACGCUAUAAGAUAUAGCUCUAAAGAUCAUCAGUGUAGUUCGUGCCCUCUGCUCUUGGCGGGCUCUUACUUAAAUCCCCUUCAGUAGUUUUUUUUUGUCUGUUUGCUGGUGUUGGAAAGAAGCUGGAUGUGCUGUACUUCUUCAGAGGAGGCAGACUUGGCAUAUUCCUCAUAUUGAAAGUAUACAAAAGAAGAUGUGGGACAAAGCUGUCUGCAGAGAUUAGUGUAUAUUUCUAAACAUUUUCAGAGACGUUUCCUUCAGAUGUGCGUUGCAAUCUGCUAAAGUUAAAAUCAUUGUUGCUGGUUUGGAUUUUUUGAAAUUUUCCAACAGGGACUAUGGACAGCUCUGGUCUCGACCUGCAUCUGAUUUGCUGUUCACAUUUAACAGUGUGACUUGCAUUACAGCAAAAUUGCAUUAUGAAAUGUGCACGUCUCUUGUCCCUUUAUGAGUUUUGCAAAACUAUUGUGUGUCGACCCCAAAUUACAGAGCUGUCAUUGCGUCCCCUCAAAGUGCCAUGAAGACCAUAAAUUCCUCUUCUGGGCACAUUUAAUGUCCUCCCAAUUAGCUGAGCCCAGAGGAGGGACCUGAGAUGUCAGCAGAGAAGUAAAUAUUGCAUAAAGCUGCUUAAAGUGAUGUAUGGAGAGGAUAUUGGUGUCCCCUAUAGCCCAAAUCUAAAAAAUUGAAGAUGCAGCUAGAAUGUGAGCACUAAUCCAGUGUUGAGUUGAAUGUUUUGGUUCCCUGUUUCACGUUCCUCUCAGAUUUUGACACCACACCACCAGUUUGUCUCUGUUUGGGUCAGUGUACGCGUGAGUCACAGUUGAGACUCCAGCGAGGGGAACUUAAGCAGUUGAGUGAGUUGUCUAGCUGUUCUUGUUUUCCACAUUUUAUGUUUCCCUAUCAACAAGUGAGGAUAUUCUAUUUUUUCAGUCUUUCUUGUCACCAUCAUCCUGCCUUUUGUUUUUUCAUUCCUGCUAUGUGUCUCGUCUUGAUCAAAAACGGUAAAUUUCCAGAGAAAAGAUGCCUGGUUUUGGAGCAUAUUUUUCAGCUGUAAAAAUGUGACAGCAGGGAUCAGGAGAGAGAGAAGUAGUGUUAAAGACCUGGACUGACCUUAAAGCUCAUGUUCAGGACUUUGACCCUUACUCCAGCUAAUUUACUCCCCCUGUCUGACCCCUUUUUUCAUUGUAACACCUUUUUAAGAUCACCUAUAGGACAUGUUUAAAGUUAAAACAAAAAAGUAUUUCCACUCAAAAGUUUAUUUUGAAUACAUUUUCUUGCAGUUUUUAUAAAAAUCUAUGUGAGCACACUAUAAAAUCGCCCUGAGGUUGGACUGCGGAGGAUGCACAAGGUUUUUAUUUUUUUGAGUGGAAAUACGAUUUGACUCUCAGAGCACCGAGACAGUGUAACUGUGUAGACGAUAUGUUUUCUCUAUUUACAGAAGCUUCAUUUAAACCACGUGUGACUGUAAGUUUGUUUCUAGUGUACUAUUUUGUCACCAUGCCCUUUUUCUGUACAUAGUUUUUUCAAUACUUGUAAUUUGAAGAAAAAGAAAAUGCUUUUUCUUUGUAAUUGUGAGUCAACGUGACAUUUUUGGUGCAUACUCUUUUGACACCAGUAUGUAAGUACAUACAAAUACAUUUUUUUAAAUAAUGGGA